AUGUCUACCGCGACCGCAGCCGAGCAAGCCCAAUCUCUCACACCAGCCGCCAUCCGAGCCGCCCACGAACUCAUAAAGCCAUACAUCCAUCUCACCCCGCUCCUCACCUGCGCAACUCUUGACAAGAUCGCCUCAACUCCACAAACAGCUUCAGCACUAGUUGGCACACCAUUCGAGGGCCAAGCACCAGCAACCCCACACCUCCGCUUCCAUUUCAAAUGCGAGAACCUACAGCGCAUUGGCGCAUUCAAGGCACGCGGUGCCCACCAUGCUUUACUACGAUUGAUCGAGGAGCGGGGCGAAGAAGAGGUGAAAAAGCGGGGAGUUAUCACACAUAGUUCCGGGAACCACGCACAAGCCCUCGCAUUAGCAGCCUCAACCCUCAAUAUCCCCGCAUUCAUCGUCAUGCCGAAAAUAAGCACACCAUCCAAGAUAGCAGGAACCCGCUCCCACGGCGCAGAAGUCGUAUUCAGCGGCUCGACGAGCAUCGAGCGCGAAGCAGUCGUAGCAGAGAUCCAGUCCAAAACAAACGCCAUCCUAAUCCCACCAUACGACGAUUUCAACAUCAUCUGCGGCCAAGGAACAACGGCCCUAGAACUGGAAGCACAGUAUACCGAGAAGUCAACCAAGAGUCUAGACGCAGUCAUCACGCCUGUUGGUGGAGGUGGAUUAAACGCAGGAGUCGCAACAUACUUCUCAGAUAAGACUACGCGGGUAUUUGGUGCUGAGCCUAGUUUCCAGGGUGGAGAUGAUUGUCGUCGAGGAUUAGGAGAGGGUAAGCGAGUUGAAAAGGUUUCUACAUUGACUAUUGCGGAUGGGUUACGCACGCCGGUAGGAGUGUUGAAUUGGGAGGUUAUUUCUGAUAAGAGGAAGGUGGAGGGAGUGUUUUCUGUAUCUGAGGAGCAGAUUAAGGCUGCGAUGAAGUUGGUGGUUGAGCGGAUGAAGGUUGUUGUGGAACCGAGUGCUGUUGUUGGAUUGGCUGUUUGUCUUUUCGAUGAGGACUUUAGAAGGCGUGUACAGGAACAGGGUGGAGAGGAAGGAUGGGAUGUUGGAAUUGUCUUUAGUGGAGGAAAUACGACAGUGGAGGCCAUUGGAAAACUGUUUAGUUGA